AUGUCGCUAAGUGUGAUUCUCAACGUGCUUGUCCACUGUAUAUUUCUAGUAACAGGUUUAAUCGGAAAUAUCUUUAUCCUGACAGUUCACUUUUUAGAUUGGCUUACUACCAGUGAACACAACCCUUGCAACCUCAUACUCAAUGGAAUUGGAAUUUCCAACAUAUUCCUUCAAGGAACCGUUGUCUUCCAAGAAAUAACUUUCUUUAUCUAUCCUGACUUCUACUUUAAAGAUUGGGUUAUCUAUAUGGUUUUAGCAAUGGUGACUACAUUUUCCUUCUCCAGCCUUUGGUGCUCCACCUGUCUGUGCUUCUACUACUGUGUGAAGAUCGUCAACCUUCAAGGAACAUUUUUUUACAAAAUAAAAGCAAAUCUUUCCAAUUUGGUACCCUGGCUGCUAGCUUUCUCCAUUGUGCUAUCUUGGAGUGCUGGGUUGCCAGCCUACUGGGAUUUAUAUUUGCUUAUGACCAUCACCACCUUAAAUAUUACAGGGAAUAUCACAACUGUAACAUCAACCAAAUACUGGAGCAGAUGUAAUUGUCUAUUUCACAUGUACAUCUGUAUUGCUUCUGCUGCGUUCAUUAUUAUUUCAGUCACAGGUGGGACCAUCAUCAUCUCUCUGUGUAAGCACAUGAGUCGUAUGAGACAGAACAAUGAAGGCUUUGGACAUGCCAGAAUCAAUACUCAUCUCUCGGCGGCUAAAACUGUGACUCUACUCCUGGUGAUCUACUUGCUUUUUUAUGGCUCUUUUACAUUAAUAUACAAUCCUUUAGGUUUUCCAGAUGAUGUAACAAUGACUAUUUGCUUAAUCAUCCUCUCUUGUUUCCCAUCAAUAAAUUCUAUUAUUUUAAUCUCUGGGAACAGAAAACUCACAAACUUUGUGAAGAAACUCUUUGGUAUACAGCCUAGUGUUGGCAAUACAGAAGUCAAUGUUACAAAUUACUAG